UAUUAAUAAAAAAUACUUAGGUAAAGAAUAUCAUUGUUUGUAGUUAACUCAAGUGUGACUGAGUCUUUUUUGAUUGUAUUUUUGCCUGCAAGUGAUUAUUUUGUGGUUUGUUUGGGUACCCCAAAAUUCGAUGUAAGACGUUGACAUAAGAAAAAUGACGUCACACUUGUCUUGUCCUCCAUUUUCAUGCUUGUAUGAUGCUUGAAAAAAACAGUUUAAAUUGCAAAUAAGUUGAAAUUAACACUCUUGUGAGUCCCAAUAAGCGUAAAAUUAAUUACAAUCGACCACACUUAUGAUAAUACAACAGGAAUAGCCGGUCAAAAAUGGAAGGCGAGCAGUUCUCUUUGUGUUGGAACAACUUCCACAGUAAUUUAAGUUCGGGUUUCAACUCCCUUCUCAAAGAUGAAGACUUGGUGGACGUGACUUUAGCAGCAGGGGGGCGCUUCAUGAAAGCCCACAAAACUGUCCUAUCGGUGUGUAGUCCAUUUUUCAAGGAGUUGUUCAGGGCCAACCCUAGCAAACACCCCAUAGUCAUUCUCCCUGAUGUGAAUUACAACGCUUUGUGUAAUUUACUCCAAUUUAUGUACCAAGGCGAAGUCAGUGUGAGUCAAGAGGAAAUCCCCAUGUUCAUGAGGGUGGCAGAAAUGCUAAAAGUUAAGGGUUUGACCGACAAUAGCUCGUCCUCAUCCUCAUCUUCGGAAUCCAAUGGCUACAGUGGCCCCAGUCGAAUCCCUUACAACUUCUCUGACCAAAGACAAAUUAUGAAACGACCAAGACCGGUCAAAAAAGUGAUAAAACCCAUGCAACCCUUGAGACCUAUUGACAGCCCCAAACCCAGAUCGCCCCAUCCCCCGCCUGCUAAAAAGCCCCAUAUCGAGGAAAACACUGCCCGGCAGGAAGAACAGGAGUUUCCCGAAGCGUUAGUUAAGCCUAAAGAAGAGCCUGUUGAUGAUUCGGAAAGUAACACCUCUCAGAAAUUUGAGGAAAAUAAUUUAGAUUUGUCAACGAUGUUGGACACGAAAAUUGGGGAGUCGUCCAAUUGGCAGACGUCGGAAAUUAUCAAUAAACCUCAGGAUUCCUCGACGCCAGGCACCCUGCAGUGCAUUCUGGGAAGACGCGGUAAUCCCCGAUUGAUCGUUGAUGGUCACGUUUUUUAUAAGAAGAGUGUUUACAAAGGAAAGGCGUUUUGGUAUUGUAAAAACAGUAGAUCACCGGAAAAAUGUCAAGCGGUGUGUUGGACAAUGAACGGAAAUAUUGUCAAAUGGCCGUAUAUGCACACACAUCCGGUCAUCCCAGACGUUUUUAAUCCGGACGAAGACACAGAAGUUCCUAUACAAAAUUUACAAGAAGUAUUAUGGCAGACGUCGUAUAGUUAAGAAGACUCACUCAUUUGUAUUUUUUUUUGACUGAUUUUGUGAUAUUAUUUUUUAUUGAAUUGGAGGGACGUCAAAUUGUGUCAAACUGUACAUAAAGUCUGCUUUAGUUUUAGUUUUGCUGUCUUUUAUGUGGUAGAAAAAAUUGAUAUGUAGCCAAAACAUCCAGACGUUUGUGAGACUGUUUUGUAUUUCUUCUCAUAUGACAAAUUGUAAGUUUUUUUUUUAAAUAAAGAGAUUUUUCAUCGA